UGAAGUCCAUCUCUCACAAGCUUUGGUUGAUGAAAGAUGCUCAUGGCGUUUCUAUCGUAGUUCCACUGCUUCAUAACGCCUAGAAAGUCAGAUUGCCAAUGCUGUUCUCCACUCCAUGGCAUCCAGUACAAGCCAUGUAUGCCAUCGUGGAGUUCGUGGGAGAGAACAGCACCGCUAUCAUCGCCCAAAGAUGGUUCGUGGACGCAGAGGAGACUUCUUGCUUUUGGCCUCCAAGGAAAGCUGAUGAGCAGGCUAGAAACCUUGCCCCGGCUUCACCUUCAUGGAACAAGCAUGACGUUAGGGUGCUUGGCAAAGCAGCAACCUAUGAGCGAGCCAGAGAAAAACUGACCCGAGCCGACGAAACUUCGGACCUGCAGACCGAGGACGAGGAAACUGCACGUAAACGGCGCCGGGUCCGGCACAGAGCUGUGUCGUCCAGCUCGGAGUCCGGGGAGGAAGAGGAGGUGAUGAUGCGGGCUCCUACGCCGCCGCCCGCUAUGCGCUGCACCAAGAGUGCGACAGCACGCCCGACCGUCCAGCCGAAACCGUCUGGCUCCAGCUCUGCGCCGAGCACCUCAAACGGGUCCGACUGUCGACCUUCCACGAACGGACAGAGCGGUGAAGACCAAUCUUCAGUUCGUGGACUAUUCGAACACUUGAUAACGAUGCUCGAGGACUACAAAGAGCGUCAAAAUGAGAUCCGCGAAACGCAGCAGGUCCAUGGCGCCCUGCUGCACAGCAUCCUGCGGCGGUUAAACGGCGGCGGCAGCGUCCCAGCCACGGCGGGAAGACUGCCGAGCGGAGCUGCCGGCCUGCCUCUGACCUCGAUGGACGAGUUCAGAAGCCUUGAAGAGAGGCUGGGUGCGGACGAAGAGUUCGUGCAAGCCAUGGUGCUGUACCUGGGCGACAAAGGCGGCAGCACCGUUGGCGAGUGUGUCCGCCGCGUCAUGGCCCAACUGAUGAGGAGCGGCCUUGGGCAGCGCUUCAAUAUGAAUGGGGCCCAGCGUCACGGAAAGACGGGCUUUAGAGCAACGAAGCUCUACACUGUCGUCUACAGGGCAGUCAAACAGAACCCGGCCUUGUCGGUCACCGAGAAAGAGAUCGCCAACGCCAUCGGCAAGUGGCUGGUGAACAGCCGAGACCGGGAAGGGUACAGGACGGCGCGCCAGGCCACCAACAGUAGCGGCGGUGGCAGCGGGGACGCCGACACCAGCAACGGCGGUGGCGGCGGCAACGGCGUCGAACAGAACGAUGUCGCUGACGAGGGCGGGGCGGUGUAGUGCAUCACCUAGUGUCUCGCGUGGAAUAUACGUUUAAAGGAAACUGUCGUAGUUGUUGAUGUAUGAAUGUACCAGAAGUGAAAGGAAGCGACGUAGUUUUAGUCCACAAAAGGACCUACAGCCAAUCAGUAGUUUACCAUGUAGUCCUUGCGUGGGACAGCUGACAAAGUUGCCUAUCGCGAUACCUGUUUGAUAUUCUUGUGGGCAGCACAUGGUUAUCAAAUGGGAUAGCCUGAUAUGGGAUGAAUGGAGCAGCCACGUGGCUACCACAGGGGAAGCCCAUAUCGACAGUUC